GUCAGUCUAGUUUGACCAAAUUAAUACAUAUAUAGCUUAUAACUAAAAGUGUUUUCUCUAUAUACACUUUGUUAUCAAUUUAAAAGCAAUCAAUCGAAAGAUGGAAGGCAAAACUGUGAUUUUCAGUGUGCUCGUAAUGGGUUUGGUCAUCUGGCAAAUUCAAGUAGAUGCACAAGAACAAAGAACCUGCUGCCCAAGCCAGUCAUCCAGGGAGGAGUUUGAAGAUUGCAUUUCACAAGGAAAUUUGCAUACAGUUUGUGGAGCUGGGAGUGGAUGCCUAGAGUCUUAUGUGGGUUUCUGCCCUUCGCAGUAUCCUUACGGGAGUCUCACAAACUCUGGUGAUGUUGUCAGUGUAUACUGUAAGUUGGGGUGUGUAUCCUCUCUGUGUGGUGCUUUAACCAGUCUUCAAAAAUCUGACACAAGUGGAAAAGUGAACGAAGCAGUUGAACGAUGUUCCAAGACCUGUUCUACUAUAUGCACCAAAGGAUCUAAAACCGCAGUUGAAACUGUGUAAUGCAUAAAUAAGUAAAGGGGUGGUUAUCACUGAAAGUGUUGUUUCAAUGCAAUAAUUUUCCUGUAUUUGACAAAAAUGCUAGACUAUGGUGCAUUGGUGCUAGUAUAGUUUAAUAAGUUGUUGCCGGUUUGCCUAUGUAUCAUAGAGGGUUAUCGAUCUCUAGAUUGUAUCUCCCUUCUACUUGUUAUUAUCUAAAUAAAGAAUAACUAAAUGUUAUCCUCUCCA